AUGUCAAAAAGUUGGGUCCCCCCACCAUCAUUAGACAAAGAGACGAGUUACAAAGAUUGGAAAAAAGAAGUGCAAAUAUGGCAAGCACUGACAGAAUUAAAGGCAGAAAAACAAGGGCCAGCUAUAUUCAUGGGCUUAAGAGGGAAAGCUAAAGAAUCAGUUCUAGAAUUAGACAUUGAACAGAUAAGUGCAGCAACUGGAGUAAAAGCCAUUACUAACAGAUUGGACAAAAUAUAUUUAAAAGAUGAGAAUCAAACUGCUUACCUAGCUUAUGAAACCUUUGAAAAAUUUAAGCGACCGCCUGAGAUGAGUAUGAAUGACUAUCUUAUAGAGUUUGAACGGUUAUACCAUAAGAUCCAAGGACAUAAUAUGGUACUUCCUGAUGGAGUGUUGGCAUAUAGAGUUCUACAAAGUGCCAACCUUACACCAGAGCAGCAACAGUUAGCAAGAGCAACUUUAAAUGAACUACGGUAUGAUGCAAUGGUACGGCAGUUAAAGAAAAUAUUUGGGGAUACGGUGGCCUCAUUAGGAACAAAUACUGAAGUAAAGAUAGAACCAGUUCUUCAGGCAAGUGCAGAUACAAUUGAGCAAAAUUACUUCACUCAAAGAGGGGGAUAUCAACGCUCAAGGUUUAGAAGAGGAAGACCUGCAACUGCUUCAAAUCAGAGAUAUGCAGGAAGAAAAACCAGACCCAACAAUAGAAGAAUGAAUCCAUCCGAUCAAUCUGGAAGCCCAUCAAGAUGCAAUAUUUGCCAAUCUAUAUAUCACUGGGCUUCAAACUGUCCACACUCUUAUGAGAACCAGGAACCUGUUUAUCUGGAGACAGAAAUUGUCCCAAACGAAAUUCCUUUGUUACUGAGUCAAGCUUCCAUGAAAAAAGCAGAGGCAGUUUUAGAUUUUAUCAACAAUUCGGUUACAAUGUUUGGAGAACACCAUCCUUUAAAAUUUACCACUACAGGUCAUUAUUGCAUACCUUUGAACAACAACAUAAUAGAGAUGGAUGGAAAGAAACAUGACCACUUGUUACCCCAGGUUGCCUUUGUUUGUGCAAGUACAAAAUCAAGAAAAAGUAAGAUUAUCAAACUUCAUCGUCAAUUUUGCCAUCCAAGUGCUGAAAAAUUAAAAUCUCUCAUCAAAGCAUCUAAUUCCUUCUUAAAUGACCGAAGUGAAGUUAUGAAAGUCAUCGAUGAAGUAUCAAACUCUUGUGAAGUGUGCAUCAAAUACAGAAAACCAAGACCGCGCCCUAUUGUUGGCUUACCAAUGUCAUCAGAAUUUAACCAGUGUGUGGCUCUAGAUCUUGUGCAACUUUCGCAAUCAUUAUGGUUUAUCCAUAUCAUAGAUGUUUUUACCAGAUUUUCAUCAGCAAAAUUGACAAAGACGAAAGACAAAGAUGUAAUAACAGAUAUUAUCUUUGAAAUUUGGUUAGCCCGAUUUGGUCAACCAAGGAAGUUUCUAGCUGAUAAUGGUGGAGAAUUUGUUAACAAAGUGUAUGAAGAAAUGUGUGAGCAGUUUAACAUAGAGUUUUCAACAACUGCAGCUGAAAGUCCUUGGUCAAAUGGACUAUGUGAACGACACAAUGGUAUGAUUAAGGAAAUGCUGAAAAAAAUUAUUGAAGACACAAAAUGUACACACAAUCGGGCACUAUUCUGGGCUAUAAGUGCAAAGAAUUCUUUAUCAAACAACAAGGGAUUCUCACCAAAUCAACUUGUUUAUGGUAAAAAUCACGACUAUCCCUGCAUCCUCACUGAUCAUUUGCCAGCUAUGAAUGACACAGUUUCAAGCAAAACCGUGGCCCAUAACCUUGCUGUAAUGCAUGCAUCACGAAGAGCCUUUAUAGCGGCAGAGUCUUCUGAGCGUAUACGAAGAGCAUUGAGACAUAAUGUUCAGUGUUACAAUGAUGAGCGAUAUAUCAAUGGAGAUAGAGUUUUUUAUAAGAGAAAAGACAGUGAAAAAUGGCAUGGACCAGGCACUGUAAUUGGACAGGAGAAUAAGCAAGUCCUUGUAAAACAUGGUGGAAGUUAUGUUAGAGUACACAUGUGUCGCUUGCAGAAGUUGGACCAAGUUUUGCAUUCACAGAAACCUUUACAAGACACGGAAAGGAGUACUGAAGUGACAACUACACAAGUGAACAAUUGCAUUCCGCUUGAACGCGAUGAUGUUUUUGGUGAAUAUGUUGGUGCAGAUGAUUUUGACAGUAACAAUACAGAAGAACCAGAAAAUGAGAAAACAACAAAUUUACAAACAACAAAAGAAACAACAUCAGACGGUGCCUCAAUGAAUGAAACAACAACACACAAGAUAUCAACAAAUGAAAUCACAACCAAUCGAAAUGUUAGCAAUUCGUCAACAGUCCAAGGAAUACCAAAGUUGAAGACAAAAAUCAUUUACAAGCUAACUCCCGACAGUGAAUGGACAAGGGGAUUAGUCCACAGCAGAGCAGGAAAAGUGAGCAGAAAAGGAAAAGAAGGCAGACAGUAUGGUAGCUGUUUAAAUGUCCAAAAUGAAGACACAGGUGAAAUAAAUUGGUUAGAUUUCAAAAGAUGUGUGAGUGACUGGCAACCUGUUGUUGAGACAAACGAAACUGAAGAAGUACUAUUAUCGACACAAGCAACUGUUACAGAUGAGGUCCUAAAUGCAAAGUAUAAAGAAUUAGCCAAUUGGGAAGACAACAAAGUUUUCUCCACCAUAGAAGAUAAGGGUCAAUCUCCAAUAUCCACAAGAUGGGUGGUCACAACAAAGAAUAUAGAGGGAUACAAAACAGUUAAAGCUCGUUUGGUCAUAAGAGGUUUUGAAGAAGAAGAGGUCAAAAAUCUGACUAAGGACUCCCCAACUUUUUCAAAAGAAAGUCUUCGCAUUGUACUUACGAUGUUAGCAACCUAUGAAUGGGAAUGUCACACCUUAGAUGUCAAGACGGCAUUUCUUCAAGGCAACCAGAUUGACAGAGAGGUUAUCAUAAAGCCCCCAAAGGAAGCAAAUACAACAGGUGUGCUCUGGAAACUAAAUAAAGUUGUAUACGGCCUUGCUGAUGCUUCAAGAGCUUGGUAUCUACGUGUGAAGGAAGAGCUAAUCGGCUUGGGGUUGAGAAUGUCUUUAUUUGAUGAAGCAUUAUUUUAUUGGAUUCAAGAUGACUGCUGCCAAGGACUGAUUGUAAUACAUGUUGAUGAUUUUCUAUGGGGAGGAUCCCAUGAUUUUCAAGUGAAGGUUAUUUCGCCUAUCAGAGAAACUUUUCUCAUUGGAUCUGAAGAUUACUCCAAUUUCAAAUAUGUUGGUGUCAAUAUACAACAAUCUAAUGGUUCAAUUAACUAUGACCAAAAGAACUAUGUGGCAGGUAUGGAACUGGUCAAGAUUCAAAACACAACAGACAGACAUCGUCAACUAUCACAUGAAGAACAAUCAAACUUCCGAUGUAUAUGUGGGCAACUAAACUGGAUGUCAUCGCAAUCAAGGCCUGACAUUUCAUUUGAUGUGUGCCAACUAAGCACAAAACUAAACUGUGCAGUAGUUGAUGAUGUCAUGAGAGCCAAUAAAGUGGUAAAGAAGUUGAAAUUGGAUCCCAACAUUUCCUUGAAAUUUUGGAAACUUAAGCUUCCAUUACAACUGAUCUUAUAUUCUGAUGCUUCAUUUGGGAACCUUCAAGAUGGCAGCUCUCAAAGUGGAAUUUUUAUUUUCCUGAAAGGUGUUGAGAAUCUUAUGGCACCUAUCACAUGGCAGUCUAAAAAGAUUAAGAGAGUUGCGCGUAGCACUCUUGCUGCUGAGACACUAGCUCUUGUUAAUGGUAUUGAUACAUGCAUAUGGGUGAAGAAUGUGAUAAAUGAAGUGUUGAAUACUAAUCUAGAAGGCAUCUUAUGUCAUACAGAUAACAAAUCAUUGUUUGAAGCUGCCCAUUCAACAAAAUCUUUGGAAGACAAACGGUUAAGGGUUGAUAUGGCUUCCCUAUCGACAGAGUAUCAAUCAGAAAGAGAUUGA